AUAGCACAUGAUGAGAUAAUCAUCUAAAUUUUUCUUCGAGGUGACGGAUUUUGCGAUCUAGGAAAAAGACUUACCAAGGGAAAAAUGAAGCAUCCUACCUUUGUGAUUUUCAUCUAUUUUUCUAUCAUUACACGAUGUUUAAAUUCAUUGUCACCACCAAUAAAUUUUACAAACCUAAUGAUGCAUCAGCUGACCAUGUGUGGACCGGCGGGCUUUUGCAAUACUUUUUCAGGAAACCUAGAUUUGAAUAUUUCAAAGAGUCACAAACUAUGUCCUGAUUGCUUUUGUGACAAUUUGUGCUUCGGAAGAGGAGAUUGCUGUCCAGACAAAUACUUUGCACAAAGUGGCCUAGUAUGUAAUAACGUGACCUUUGUUAAUGCAACGCGAGAUGAAAGUCGAGAUCAGAGAUCAUCCUUUCUCAUGAUUAAGGAAUGUCCUCACGAAACUGAACGAGUAAUAGCAGAAAAGUGUGAACAGUCAAAUGACAGUCUUAGUAAACUAAAGUAUCCACCAGUGACAAGCAGUAUAACUAAUCUAACAUACGCUAAUAGAUUUUGUGCACAGUGCAAUAAUGAAACAUCCUACCAGUCCUGGAAUAUAGAUAUUUAUUGUCAAGAAUUUCUAGAUAUCAAUUUUUUGUCUUCAUUCAAAGAAAUUGUUGAUAAUGGAAUCAAAAAUAGAUGUGUCAUGCAGUUUGCAUCACUUAAGAAUAAAAAUGUAUUUGGCUGCUACUACCUACAGUAUCAUUUUGAUUCGUGUAACAAGACCGGAUUCUGGAAAACAGGAGAUACCGAUGUUUUGCAUGCGUGCGAAUCACUCUAUGUUAAUAACGAUACUUUAUUCAAAAACUCAUUUUGUAGGAUGUGCAAUCCAACUUUUUACAAAGGAGAUGUAAUAUCACAAUGUAACGUUACUGGACGGUGGAAUUUGUUUGAUAAAAAAAUCAAAGAUGCCUGCUCCCAUUUUGAAUUGAAUGAGGGAACUUUACCAUUUAAAAACAUUUUUUGCAGAAUUUGUAAUACACCUGAAACCCUUGAGAAUACCUUUAUGGAUGCAUCUGCAGAAAUUAGCACGAAAGUUCUUUAUAAUUCAUAUAACACCACCGUUUACUAUUUAUCUAUAAAGAUGAACAAAUUCCUCAAAGAACAUUUCAAUUUUGUAAAAAGUACUAUUCCUAAAUUCAAACACAAGUUGAAAAGAAAAUCUUUUAGUUAUUUAAACAUAAAUAUAACAGACUUAAUAUAUAAGUCGCUUUCUCUGAAAAAAUAUGUCAGAGUAUGCCAAAGUUUUGGAAUUCCACGAAGAUUUUUUUAUCUUUUCCUUCCCUGCACCUGUGAACCUUCGUGUUUUCAGCAUGGAGAUUGUUGUGAAGAUUUCGCAUUAAAAUACCCAACAAAAUGCAUACAUUCAAAACAACUGUCGGGUGAUAAAUUUAAGAAGAGCAUCCCUGAUGUUGAAUACCUUGUGACUAAUGGAUGUUACAUGCAACUCUGGUACCCAAUGUAUAUGGAGAAAUUAUGUCAACAAGGAGGAAAUAGCAUACUUUCUUCCCAUCCUGUAUAUGAUGUGAAUACAGGUAUAUCGUAUCUUAAUAUGAUUUGCUACUUGUGUAAUAAAUCGCCGAGUCGACGUAACUUUGAAUUAGUCAAACCAUGGGACAUUGAAGUAUAUUGUGAACAAUUUAUUGAAUAUAGAAACUUUUUAACUGUAAAACAGUUACUCAAAACGAUCAGUGAAACCCGCUGCAAUGUGACGUACUUGCCACGUUCAUUUACGGAUGGCAAUAAUGUGCAUCAUACAGUCUUAUGUAAUAAAAGAUACGUUAGAUACACGGAAAGUUGUAAUUCCACUGGGAAAUGGCUGGUGAAAGAUCCUGGAAUUCAAUAUGCCUGUGAAAACGUUUCAGCAGGAGCAUUAAUGAGAUUCUAUCCAGAGUCUGAUAAAUUAAGGUGUCAUAAAAACCAUUUUUGUGCAUUAUGCAAUCCAGAAAUCACUAAUGAAAGCGACACUAUUUCUACGUGUAAGGACGCUGGAAAUUUUUCUUUAGUCGAUAGACGUGACGUUUCUGGUUGUCAGUUUUUCCCUCAAAUAAACUUUUAUUCGCCUUACAAGAAUUUAUUUUGUAAACAUUGCAAUCAUCAAUUUGACCCGCGACCUAAUUGUGAUUAUUUAGUGCAUAAAGUUCCGGAAAAGUUUUUUCCAAAGAGUCAGGAAUUUUUUCCAAUCUACAGGAAUUUAUUUAUGUAUUCUGAAUAUGAUGAUAAAUUACCCCAAAAAGAUUCACCAGAAUGUACAUCAACACAAGCAUACAUCUCAAAAGUGAAUCAGUGCAGAAACUUGACCUGUUAUCCAGGGAAGUAUCUCCGUAAUGGAACAUGCCAAGCACUCUUUACAGUUACAAAAAACUUGGGAUAUUUUCUGACAUCAGACUUCCAAGGAUAUGUUUCCUCUCUGUUACCUGUUCACGAUCUGUUGGUUAUCAUAUCAGAAGAAAUCAAACGAGCAAUACUGUCUACGCAUCAGAUCGAUUCAGAUUCGAUAGAAUAUUUGUUUGUUCAAAUAGACCAGCCUUGCUUUAAGAGGAAUCAAAUCUUAUAUUCUCCACAGUUUUCAGGGAGCAUUGCUGUAGGCAUUUUUAUAAAACACGCUGUAAAGAGAGUUGAUAUUGAGAUGCUGUUGAUCGCUUUUACAACUAAGAUGGCGAUUUCGGGAAAUGGAACUUUUAAUCUUCAUCUUUCGCUCAAAAUGCGUAUGAAUCAAUUACCUUACAACCCAUUUAAGAUAUUUCUAUCCCAAUAUUUUUCUCGAUGUACUUUACCAGAAUUUCCGAAAUAUCAAAUAGAACAAAAUAGGCAGAAAUAUAAAACUGUUCGAAUAUCCAAAUUGUUAACUUGCGUUCAAGUCCCACUUGAAUUUGGCGAAUAUCAUUUAGAUAAUCAAUCGAGAAAACUAUUGGUAAUUGGGAAAAAUAAGCUUUUCAGUUAUGACUUGUUUGAAAUUCUACCCAAUGGAUCAGCAAGAAUUUGCAUUGAAGACUUCAACGUUGGAAAUGACACAGGUGCAUCUUCUUCAGAUGAACAAAAUCAAGAUGCCAUUCUUUCAGAAAUUACGCUUAUCCUAAACGUUACUUCAAUUAUGUGUUUAUUGAUUUCGUUUCUAAUUUAUGUUUUUAAAAAAGAUUUGAGAACAAUACCCGGAAAAAUAAACAUGAUCCUGAUACUCUCGCUGAUUCUAACUCUUACAGUGUUUCAGUUGAGUAAAUUUGGUUCAUCACAAAAAGUGGCAUGUGUUGGGAUUGGUAUCGCUUUACAUUAUUUUUGGUUAGUGUCGUUUUUAACAAUGACGGUGACUUCGUUUCAUAUGUACAGAAUUUUUCAAUUUUCUAACAUAAAUACAAGCGCUGGCUCAAAUGAUAUUUUUAGAGUAUACAUAGCUUUUAUCACUCUUUUACCAUGCGUGGUAGUUGUUUUAAACAUCAUUAUAUCGUGGCAGGUUUCUGACAAUGGUAUUAUUGGGUACGGAAAUAGGAUGUGCUUCAUCGACAAUACUUAUUUACGAUUAGCCUCAUUCAUUAUACCUGUUGGUAUUAUGUGCCUCUCUAGUUUAUUUUUCUUUGUUAGAACCAUUAUAUCCAUAAAACGUGUUCCCAAUGUUCCGGGAAAUCAAUCUGUUAGAAAUGAGUUUGGAAUAUUUUGUCGAUUAUUCACAAUAACUGGGAUAACAUGGGUUCUUCAGAUUAUCGACGGCUUCCUCCCAUUUACAACAUUCUCCUAUAUCUCCUCAAUAAUCAACAGUCUGCAAGGAACUGCUAUAUUUAUAGCGUUUUUCUUAAACAAACGAAUCAUAAAUUGUAAAUUAACAGUCCCAAAAGACUCGUACAACACAACACCACCUAAAAGAGAAUCAACAGAAGAAUCUACUACAAAUGAUACCAGGUUAUGAUAUUUCAAAAUGUUUCUCUGAGUAAGCAUAUAAAAUGAUUCUUCGAAGAUGAUGAAUAAGUAUUUUUUUACAAUAUCUGCUUUCAUGAGUAGGCGUUUAAAAAUGAUAAAACAACAUGCCAGGUGACUCUGAAAAUUGUUCAAUAUAUUUAAUGAUUAAGGAAUCAUUAUUUGAGUAUUAUGAGGGAAUAAUUUGGUCGGGCGUGGUCAAAUCCAAUAAAGCCCGAAGGGCUUUAUGAUAGAUUGCACGGCACGGACGUCCUAUGUUUUUCCCCUAGACCUCCAAAGAGUUAUAGUCACCAUGGUACAUAUGUUACCCUCACAUUCAGAGAAAAUUGGCUGUCCCUUAUGAAUAACAUUCUAAUCGACUAAUUUACGAAAUGUUGUCACUUUUUGACAGAUUAUUGAUGAAAUAAAUAAAAGAUUGAGAUAAAUGUCAACAAUAAAAUGCUCUCUCUUUGGCGCUACAUUUGGGCGAUGAUGAGAGCUAGAAUACCUGUAUGAAGUACCAAAAAACAUACCUGUGGAAAAAGAUAAUUUUGAAAUAUUAUCUUGAUAAAUAAAGGACAUUAGGGUUUUUUGAAGAUAGUAAUUUGAAGUAUAUUAAUGUAGUUUUUGUUUUAAUUCUUUUGUACGUUGUUUUCAUCAUUCAUUUAUGUGACGUAUUCUGUGUAGACUCUGUAUUUGUG